AUGCCGCCUAAUCCCGACUUUCGUUUACCCACACACGCCCGACGCUCCACCGGGGGCACAAAACUCGGGAGCAUCCACCUCAGGCGGGGGCAGAAGAGCGGCUCGUACCAGGGCAUCAUCCCGUUCGAGCGGACCGCUGUUGUGGUCAUCGCCAUUCUUUUCUCGCUUCUGUUUAUCGUUUCCAUUUCGCUCGCGUUCGUCGGUGCGGCCGAGGAGGAGUCGUACUUCAAGCCCAUCCUGGAUGAAGUGGUCGCUUCCAGUCCUGGAAUUGUCUUGCUAGGGGAAGAUGUCGAUGUCGAUGUGGACGAACCUAGUGUUGGCGUACGAUGGUCAAUCAUCGGCUGUGGUGAAGGUAACUUCUUGAAUGGCUCAGAAGGAAUGCAUGGAGUAUUGCAAUGCGGAGUACCCGCUAUUCCCCUGGAUAUUUACGUCGACGGAGCUGAAGAUGCAGCCGUCAAAUAUGACCCGGAUUAUCUUCCUUGGGUGGGUAGCACCGGACAGCGGCGCAUCAUCCAGAACUUGUACCAAUUCGACAGCGACCACGUACUCGAUGUCCAUGAAGCCCGUCUCUUCCCCUUCGACAACUACUUCCUCACGAGCACACUCCGAGCUGUUAACAAAGAUACCGGAGAGAACGUACCGAUCCAGAAACUAGCAACCAUCGAGCUAACGUCCAACUUCUACAUUGUCAGUUCCGAUGUGGAAAGCUACGUCAACAUCACCGAUGGCAGCACGACGACAGUCCCGAGCCGGGAGAUCGAUCUCAAGAUACGGAGACCGACGGAUGCGCGGACGUAUACGCUUGCGUUGUUCCAUGUCAACUGGAUGUUGGCGCAUGUCACGCUAGGACAAGUCUAUCUGGCUUGGAAGAGCCCGCAGAUACCCCUGCUCAAACGCCUACUUUCGGUCUUCGCGAUACUAUUGAUCAUACCACAACUAAGGAACACAAUGCCUGAUGCACCUGGCUUCGACGGUAUACUACUAGAUAGUAUCGGCUUCUUUCCACAGAUGAUUCUCUGCAGCAUAUCUGGCGUCGUCCUGAUGCUCAUGCUAAUCAGAAGAGAGCCUACGGAACCCAGCUCUAGUCCCCGGGAAGUGAAACCGCCUGUCCAAGAACAAGACUAUGCACAAGUGCUAUCAGUGCCCGCGACGCCUCGGACUCCUGCUCCAGAGUACUCGCGCUCCCCACCGCCCAGCCCGCUAGGAGCAUGGGGAAGACCCUUCUCGUCAUUGUUGACGCUGAAAGACGAGCUCUCUCGAAUCAAGGAGGAAGACGCCCGGUCGUCCGCUGUGGUUCCAAAGAGCAAGCACAAGUCGAGCCAUCGCCAGUCACGGACGUUCUUUGAACCGUAG